AGAGAGUUUGAUUUGGGUGUUGCCGUGUUGAUGGAUGAACCUUACGAAACGAGAACAAUGUAGCAGAGAGAGAGAGAGAAAAGAGAGGCAGAGAAUGAGCAAAGAAAACUUUGGCAUUGUGAAGGUCUGGGAAGCAACAGUACGCAAAUCACAAGCUAUUACCAAGAAAAGAACAACAAUGUCUGUAGCACAUGCUGACGACGACGAGCCAGGUCCAGGGCAAGUCUACGACGAGAGAGUCCUCUCCAAUGGCGACUUCUACACCGGCCAGUGGGUUGAAAAUGUCCCAAACGGCUAUGGCAAGUACCUUUGGACAGAUGGGUGCAUGUAUGUCGGUGAAUGGCACAGAGGCAGGACUGCCGGGAAGGGAAAGUUCAGCUGGCCCUCCGGCGCCACCUAUGAGGGUGAGUUCAAGAGUGGCUACAUGGAUGGGAAAGGGACUUAUACGAGCUGUUCUGGAGACACAUAUAAAGGCUCUUGGGUGAUGAACUUGAAGCAUGGACAAGGGACUAAUAGCUUUUCCAAUGGAGAUUACUAUGAGGGUGAAUGGAGGCGUGGAUUGCAGAAUGGGCAUGGCAGGUACCAGUGGAAGAAUGGGAAUCAUUAUAUUGGGCAGUGGAGAAGUGGGUGUAUGAAUGGGAAUGGAACAUUGAUUUGGAGCAAUGGGAAUAGAUAUGAUGGGUUUUGGGAAGAUGGGCUUCCUCAAGGGAAUGGAACUUUUAGGUGGGAAGAUGGGAGUUUCUAUGUGGGUUUGUGGUGUAAGGAUGGUAAAGAGCAGAAUGGUACUUAUUACCCAUCUGCGAAUUCCGAUGGGAACUUGGAUUGGGAUCCUCAGGAGGUUUUUGCAGUGGAUUUGAAUGAUUGUAAAGUUUGUCCAGGGGAGAAAGUUUUGAUUUUUCCUUCUCAGAAGAUGUUUAAUUGGCCAGGGACGGAGGGGAUAGGUAGAAAAGGAUAUGAUGGGCAUGUGAGGCCUAAGAGGACGUCCACGGAUGGGAAAGUGAGUAAUUAUAGCUGGGAGAAUGGUGAGGAUGGUAGUUUCAAUGGACUUGAGGGAUUGGGGAAUCUUCAGCUUGAGGGGUCGGUUAACAAAGGGAAUGGAACACAGCAGCUCAGACUAAAGCCAGCGAAGAAACAGGGGUUGACAAUAUCGAAAGGGCAUAAGAACUAUGAGCUCAUGCUCAAUCUGCAGUUGGGGAUCAGACAUUCUGUUGGAAGGCCUGCUCCAAUGACAACCCUUGAUUUGAAGUCUUCGGCUUUUGAUCCAAAGGAAAAAGUAUGGACAAAAUUUCCACCAGAAGGAUCCAAGUACACCCCCCCUCAUCAGUCAAGUGACUUCAGGUGGAAGGACUACUGCCCAGUUGUUUUCAGGACUCUCAGGAAAUUGUUCAAGGUGGAUCCAGCAGAUUACAUGAUAUCGAUAUGUGGGAAUGAUGCUCUUCGGGAACUCUCAUCCCCUGGAAAAAGCGGAAGCUUUUUUUACUUGACCAACGAUGACCGAUACAUGAUAAAAACCAUGAAGAAGGCAGAAGUAAAAGUGCUCCUACGGAUGCUCCCAGCCUACUACAAUCAUGUUCGGGCCUUUGAGAACACUCUAGUCACGAAGUUUUAUGGUCUUCAUUGUGUCAAACUGACAGGGGCUACCCAGAAGAAGGUUCGAUUUGUCAUAAUGGGGAAUCUGUUCUGUUCUGAGUAUGCAAUUCACAGGCGGUUUGACUUGAAAGGUUCUUCCCACGGUCGUACAACUGAUAAACCUGAGGCAGAAAUUGAUCCAACAACAACCCUUAAGGACCUUGAUCUCAAUUAUAUAUUCAGGUUGCCGAAAGUUAGGUUCCAGGAGUUCUGCAGGCAAGUGGACAGGGAUUGUGACUUUCUUGAACAGGAGAGGAUUAUGGACUACAGUUUAUUGGUUGGUCUUCACUUUCGAGAAACUUCAUUUAGAGAAAAUGGAGACUCUGACAAAGAAGGGGCCCCUCGCCUUUCCAGCACAGACAUGGAUCAGCUUCUUUUUGAUCCCAUCCGGCGGGCGUCCGUUAAAUUAGGUAUAAACAUGUCAGCACGGGCAGAACGGACAGUGAGAAGAAGUGACUGGGAUCCUCAGCUGGUUGGAGAACCAACAGGAGAGUUGUUUGAAGUUUCCAUUUUCUUUGGUAUAAUUGACAUACUACAAGACUAUGACAUUAGCAAAAAGCUUGAGCAUGCAUACAAAUCAAUCCAAUAUGACCCAACUUCAAUCUCUGCUGUUGAUCCGAAGCAAUACUCGAAACGGUUUCGUGAUUUCAUCUUCAGAGUUUUUCUAGAAGACACUUGAAGCUAUAGAUUGAUCCACAUUUUCAACUUUCAGCUGGUGGCCAUCCAUGUAUAGUUGGUCUCGAAGGAAAUGACUUUAGUUAACAGCAAAAGGUGAUUAUUUUGACCAUUGGCUUGGUCAUUGGAGGGCUUUUUUGUGGCUGCCAGACAUACAUGCCUUGCAAAUUCUGCAGUGCACCUUUCCCCUCAACAUCUUAUUUUAAUUUGUAGUUACAAAAGUAUGAUAUGUUCUAGUAAAGGUAUAGAUUAAAGUUGUAACCAGAGCUCUUCAGCCUCUUCCAAUUGUAUAUGAUUAACAAAAGGUGAAUCUAUAUUGGAAUUGAUUCUUUUUGUAUCCAAUUUUCCCAGAAGGUGGGGAGUUCCUGGGAAUUCGGCAUAUUGAAUAAAAAUGUACAGGAGUUCAAA